UAAAGAUGAGGAGGAGGAGGAGGACAGGUGAGGAAGAGGAGGACGUGAAGAGGAGGAGGAGAACAGGUGAAGAUGAGGAGAACAGGUGAUGAAGAAUGUCCCUCAUUCAGGUGUGUCUGCUCUUCACAGAUCUUCAUCAUCAUCAUCAUCAUCCUGGGAUUACUCCUUGCGCCUGUGUGGACAUUUAAAAUGAACCGUUGCUAUGACGACGACGAGCUGAGUGAUGCAGCAGACAGGAAACUGAGGAGUCACUUCCUGCAGCCUCCAGAACCUUCUGCUGUGGAGGAAGAGGCGGAGCCUUCGUCUUCCUCGUGUCCUGUGAGUUUGUAUCAGCAGCGUCUGCAGGAGAUGAGUGACAGGUCUGUGUCGCCAUGGAGAUACGUACUGCGACACCUGAAGGAUCACUAUCCGUCGUCGUACGCCGAGGCUCGCUGUCUUUGCUCCGGCUGCAUCCUGAUCCGGGAUCGGAAUCCUCCGACGGAAAGUCUCGACUACAAUUCCGUUCCGAUCAAACAGAGCAGAAUAUUCCUGAAACGCGAACUUUGCAGCGACGGACAGAAGUAUCACCUGACGCCUGUGAACGUGGAGGUGGCCGUGGGCUGCACCUGUGUCCGAGUCAAGACCUCCACCUCCUCCUAGAGGGGAAACACUGCCACCUGCUGGCACGAGUCACACACUACAACUGAUUAUUCCUGUUCUAUAUAUAUAUAUAUAUAUUAGUAUUUGAAUGUAUUUAUUUAUUUAUUUAUUACUUUAUUGAAAAGAAGCCAUGUUCUCUGUAGUUGUCAUAGUGACGACGUGAUGAUCAUAAAUCUAUUGUCGUUGGUUUCUAAACUCGUUUUCACGUGGAUGGAAAAAUGUCUCUCUCGUAGUUUUGUAAAGCACUUAUUUAUUGUUUGUUUUUACAAAGAUGUUGGAAAAGUCUUUUUGAACAUAUUGUUGUUGUUGUUGUUUUGUCCCAGUGGGAUUUUAUGAGUCUGAUGAAGACGUCACAGUUCAGCUUCUUUGAAGCAAAACAAUAAAAAACACUAAAGAAAAACUUGUUUUUAAAUGUUUCUUUUCUUACAGCACUGAUGACAUCACUGAUGACAUCACUGAUGACAUCACUGUGUUGUACUUUUACUAUUUAGUCCAAAAAGUCACUAUGUCGUCCAAAAUGAGACAAAAACGUCAUAGUUUAGUAUGUCGUCAUCACUAAGUUCAAAUGUC